AUGUCUGACAACAAGAUUCUGGGGCUUCCGCCCUUCAUGGUCGACUUCCUGAUGGGCGGUGUCUCCGCUGCCGUCUCGAAGACCGCUGCCGCUCCCAUCGAGCGUGUCAAGCUUCUCAUCCAGAACCAGGAUGAGAUGUUGAAGACUGGUCGUCUUGACCGCAAGUACAACGGUAUCGUUGACUGCUUCAAGCGUACCAUGGCCGACGAGGGUGUGAUGUCUCUCUGGCGUGGUAACACUGCCAACGUCAUCCGUUACUUCCCCACCCAGGCCUUGAACUUCGCUUUCCGCGACAAGUUCAAGAAGAUGUUCGGUUUCAAGAAGGACCGUGAUGGUUACUGGUGGUGGAUGGCCGGUAACUUGGCCUCCGGUGGUGCCGCUGGUGCCACUUCGCUCCUUUUCGUCUACUCCCUUGACUACGCCCGUACCCGUCUUGCCAACGAUGCCAAGAACGCCAAGAGCGGUGGUGAGCGCCAGUUCAACGGUCUCGUUGACGUCUACCGCAAGACCCUCGCCUCUGACGGUAUUGCCGGUCUCUACCGUGGUUUCAUGCCCUCCGUCGCUGGUAUCAUCGUCUACCGUGGUCUCUACUUCGGCAUGUACGAUUCCAUCAAGCCUGUCGUCCUUACCGGUGCCCUCGCCAACAACUUCCUUGCCUCUUUCCUCCUCGGUUGGUGCGUCACCACUGGUGCCGGUAUCGCCUCCUACCCUCUUGACACCAUUCGUCGACGAAUGAUGAUGACCUCUGGUGAGGCCGUCAAGUACAAGAGCUCGUUCGAUGCCGCCAGCCAGAUUAUCGCCAAGGAGGGUGUCCGCUCCCUCUUCAAGGGUGCCGGUGCCAACAUUCUCCGUGGUGUUGCCGGUGCUGGUGUGCUCUCCAUCUACGAUCAGCUCCAGGUCCUCCUCUUCGGCAAGGCCUUCAAAUAA